AUGACUUACAUCCCUGGAAAAGGAUGGGAUAUCCCAUCUUCGAAUAGCUUAGGAGGUUUUUUUGAAAAUAAAGUUCUCGCGACUACAACCUUAUUAGGGUGCUCUUUAGCAUCAGCUGCAGUUUAUUUUUAUUUUACAAGCUCGAAUAUCAAAUUAGGAUCAGGGAAACUUACCAUUCCUGGGUUGCACAACUUAGGCAACACGUGUUAUGCAAAUUCCUUGUUACAAGGCUUAGCGGGUUUACCUUCUGUUGUAAAAUGGCUCGAUUCUAUUGAUACGAAAGAGAGUGGAUUGCAGGGAGGAUUUUUAGAUGAGCUCAAAGACCUCAUAAUCAAAUUGAAUACUCGUUCUCAAUUUACAUUCAAUGCUGGUGGUAUCAGUUCUGCUUUGAUGAAACAUAAGUGGAACAUAGCUUUCGGAGCCGAGCAUGAUUUAUACGAACUUUUCAAUGUUUUCGUUUCUACUUGGGAAAAAGAACUAGGUUUAUUGAAAAAACGUUUGAUGGAUGUAUCUCUACUAGAUCUCAAUGAGUUAACUUCAUCAGACAGUCAAAGCUUGAACCCAAUUUCCCGUAGAAGAUUGAUGUUCAAACGGUGCGCUGACAUUGUUCGAUCAGAUGCGAAACUGAAACCUCCUACGUUCGGUUUAACUGCUACUGAGUUGCGGUGCAAUGUUCCCACUUGUCGUUUCAAGAAAAUUAGAUAUGAUGCUAUUGGCGGUUUAUCGGUAUCCAUUCCUAGAGAUAGUGCGGGAUCGUCCACUACCUUGGAAUAUUUGUUACGCAGAUAUUUCCUCGCUGAAGUUAUACGAGGAGCUACCUGUGAUCGUUGUAAAGAAAGAAAUGGUAAAAUAGAUAGUGGAUUGUACAAAAAACAAGGAUUUAGCAAAGUUAGUUGA